AUGGUAAAAUAUCUUGUUGAACAUGGCGCUAAUAUAAAUGGAGAGGGUAUUUAUGGACGGACAGUGCUGCACGCUGCUGUUAGUGGAAGUACGCUAGAAAUGGUAAAAUAUCUGGUUGAACAUGGCGCUAAUAUAAAUGGAGAGGGUAUUUGUGGAUGGACAGUGCUGCACGCUGCUGUUAGUGAAAGUACGCUAGAAAUGGGCGCUGAUGUAAAUGGAAAGGAUUUUCAUGAACGGACAGUGCUGCACGCUGCUGUUAGCGAAAGUACGCUAGAAAUGGUAAAAUAUCUAGUUGAACAUGGCGCUAAUAUAAAUGGAGAGUGUAUUUAUGAACGGACAGUGCUGCACGCUGCUGUUAGAGAAAGUACGCUAGAAAUGGUAAAAUAUCUUGUUGAGCAUGGCGCUGAUGUAAAUCGCAAGGAUUCUAACGGGUUGACUGUGCUGCACGCUGCUGUUAGCGAAAGUACGCUAGAAAUGGUAAAAUAUCUUGUUGAACAUAGCGCUGAUGUAAAUGGAGAGGGUAUUUAUGAACGGACAGUGCUGCAGGCUGCUUUUAGUGAAAGUAGGCUAGAAAUGGUAAAAUAUCUCGCUGAACAUGGCGCUGAUGUAAAUGGAGAGGAUAUUUAUGGACGGACAGUGCUGCAGGCUGCUGUUAGUGAAAGUACGCUAGAAAUGGUAAAAUAUCUUGUUGAACAUGGCGCUGAUGUAAAUGGCAAAACUUCUCACGGGCGAACAGUCUUGCAAACUGCUGUCAGUGUCGGUGCAUUGGAAAUUGUCAAGUAUUUAGUUGAACAAGGUGCUGUUAUAACUCUUGGCACUAAGAUCCUGAAGAUGGCUGUUCUGAAGAAUUCAGUUGCUUUGGUCAAACUUUUGUUGGAAAAGAACAUCGCUGUGUGGAGAGCUGGAACAUUUCUUGUUGAAGGAAAGCAAAUGAGUCUUCUUGAAUGGAGUAUUCACCUUGGUCAAGAUGAAAUUACAACUAUCCUCAAAAGGUCCGUAAAUCAUCGUGAGAAGAUUCAGAUGUUGAAAACAAUGAAUUGCAACCAGUUAGAAGAGGUUGAAACACCAAUGCAGGCUUUUGUCGCAAAGAAUGAAUUCAAAAUUGGCGGUGGUGGUUUUUCUUGUGUCUAUGUCGGUCUCGUGAAGGAUGGAAGUGAAGUUGCUGUCAAGAGAAUUUUGUUACAAAGUGAAGAUACAACAGUCGAGAACGAAAAGGAAAUCAUGAGUCUUAUUGAAGCAAACAAUUCUCCAUUCAUAGUGAACUAUCGACAUUUUCACCGUGACGAUGACUUCAUGUAUCUUAUUGUUGAUCUUUGCGAAGAAAACUUGAGGGAACUUGUUCAAGCAUGCAGUAUUGAACAUCUACAAGAGCAUGGUCCACGAAUGAUUAGGGAAAUUCUAUCAGGACUUGAAUUUCUUCAUGGUAAAGGAAUAUUACACAGAGAUCUAAAACCAUCAAACGUCCUGGUUGAUAUCGAAGGUCGCAUGAAAUUGGCAGAUUUUGGAAUAAGCCGCGUUCUAAAUGACGAUGACACGACAGUUGAAACAUUUGCUAAAGGUACUCCUGGAUGGAUGCCACCGGAAGUAAUUGAAGCAAUAGACAAAGGGGAAAAGGGUCCUUUUAAAAGGAAAUCAGAUGUUCAGGUCGCGGGUAUGAUUGCUUUCUUCAUCUUAACUAAAGGUGAACAUCCUUUUGGAUCAAAGAUAAAUUGGAUGCAAAAUAUUUUGGAGGGAAACUCUGUCAAUUUGGAGAAACUUGGUGACAGCGAAGCUCGUAGGUUUGUGUCGUGGCUGAUUAAUCACCAGAUUAAUGAUAGACCUUACGCUCACGAAGCAUUGGGGGAUUCUUUCUUCAUAGAUCCAAUGGGAUCGUUACAGUUUUUGAUAGACUUUCACAAGAAAGGUUAAUUCGUCUUAUCGUUGGUAAACGUCGGAUCGUACGUCAAGAUAAAUUAUCUGCGAAGUUUGUUUGAAUUGAUGGAUCCUUCCAAGCCCAAGUUUGUCCAGGCGGAUUAUCAAUCUCUACGAUGAAUCAGGUUAUUUUUACAACUUUAAAACUUUUACAACUCGGUUCCUGCCGUAGACCUAUAGUUAGUUCUUAUAAACUGGAUAGCAAUGAGAUACACGUAUAAAGUCUUUUAGACACAAUUACUAGAUUUAUGACUUUUUAAAAUUUUUUAUCUGUAUAAUUAUUCUGAUAAUCAAAACUCGGGGCUUAUAUAAAAAGCCUUCAUAACCAUAAGACCCCGUUUACACUAGAACGAAAGUUUCCGGAUUCAUCACGAAAGCGGAAUGUUUUAGUACCGGAUUCAUGUUGCUGUUUACACACGCAGCAACGAAUCCGAUAGAAAAUGUACUCGGUUUUAAGCCGUAUCCGGAAACUUUGAAUCCGUAAAAGUUUGUGGAAACUUCGUAUCCAGAAACAUUUGAAUCCGGAAAAUUUUCUUGUGUAAACGCUUUGCACGACGAAUCCGAAGAAAUUCAAACGUGACGACCAAACAAUUCUCCAAGAACAAGUAAUGUGAGUGUAAACGGACAAAUCCGCAUAGAGACAACUAAAGUGUAGUGUAAACACCUGACGAAUCCGAUACAUGUGUGUAACAAUGAAUCCGGAAAAAUUUACAAAUCCGGAAACUUUCGUUCUAGUGUAAACGGGGUCUAAGUCUCUGAAUAAUCUCUAGCCUUACAAAAAUUCGACAGAACUAGUUGAACUAUAUAUGCCACGUUAGAGCAACGCAGGUUCUGACGCCGCCCAAACUCGUCUUUUGCAGGACAAACUAUAUCUAUUUAUAUACAAACCAGCAAUAGCGUAAAGAAGGGAGAAGGGGUGGUACUCACCCUGGGACACGGGCAAGGCUCAGGGUUGGUCCAGGCCGGAUAAACAACGUUCACAUCUAAGUCAAAGUACGUGGUGUAAACGCGGCUAUAGACAUAAAUUAUAGGAUUACCACAUUAAUAACGUUUGUCUUAAAUUUAGACAUUACCUUGUUCUUUCGAGAAUAUUUUCAUUUUUUUUGGAUAAAGCUUUCAGCGUUGGAUUAGGGUCUUGACUUCACGACGGUGUAACCAUUAU